AUGGUCAAGAAACGGGCCUCGAAUGGACGUAACAAGAAGGGCCGCGGCCACGUCAAGCCAAUCCGAUGCUCCAACUGCUCGCGAUGCACCCCCAAGGAUAAGGCGAUCAAGAGAUUCACCAUCCGCAACAUGGUCGAGUCCGCCGCCAUCCGUGAUAUCUCCGACGCAUCUGUUUUCCCCGAUUACGCCGUUCCGAAGAUGUACUUGAAACUUCAAUACUGCGUUUCUUGCGCCAUCCACGGAAAGAUUGUGCGUGUACGCUCCCGAGAGGGUCGCCGCAACCGCGCCCCUCCCCCAAGAAUCCGAUACAACAGAGACGCAAAGAAGUCGAACCCCACCCAGGCCGCCAAGGCUGCUCAGGCAUAG